UCACUCUUCCUUCCUUCAUAAAGAUUUGAUGUCAUUUUUAUUUCCGAUGAUUUUAUUAUGAGCUUUUCCGUCCGUAGGGCAUUUAGUAGCCUCAAGAUUUGCCUGACCAAAAAUAAAUACUCAUACACGGAGCAGUUUUCCUCUCAGUUUAAAUUUCACAUUAAAAUCCCGCAUAUGAGCCAUGAUCUUCAUGCGUUGAUUCGUGCGUUACUUCAUGUGCAUUUGUUGGUAAGAUCGAUUCCACGUAUUACUUUUGCGUCAGGCGCAGAGAGGGCAGAGCCACGGCUCAUUGCCUGCCGCCAAAAUUCAAGUGAGAGGAGAGAAGUUUCCUGCAGUCGGUUGUAAACACCGGGCUGUAACCUGGAGUCUCUCUCGUUUCCUGGCGGACUCUAGAAUCCACACGUCCUGUGUUUUACCUCUGGAUCCUGCGGGCAGCGCGGGGGCAGCUUAGAGAUGCACAUCAAGUCUAUCAUCAUCGAUGGGUUCAAGUCCUACGCUCAGAGGACGGAGAUCAACGGCUUCGACCCGCUGUUCAACGCCAUCACGGGACUGAACGGCAGCGGGAAGUCCAACAUUUUGGACUCGAUAUGUUUUCUCUUGGGGAUCACCAACCUCUCCCAUGUGCGAGCCUCCAACCUCCAGGACCUGGUGUACAAAAACGGACAGGGUGGCAUCACCAAGGCCACCGUGUCCAUCACCUUUGACAACUCCAACAAAAGCCAGAGUCCUCUGGGGUUUGAAACCCACGAUGAGAUCACCAUCACCAGACAGGUUGUGAUCGGUGGCAGGAACAAGUACCUCAUCAAUGGAGUCAAUGCCAACAACACCAGGGUGCAGGACUUGUUCUGCUCUGUCGGCCUCAAUGUCAACAAUCCACAUUUUCUCAUCAUGCAGGGGAGGAUCACCAAAGUUCUGAAUAUGAAGCCACCAGAGAUCCUUGCUAUGAUUGAGGAGGCGGCAGGCACGAGGAUGUACGAAUGUAAAAAGAUUAGUGCUCAGAAAACAAUUGAGAAGAAGGAGGCCAAGCUAAAGGAGAUUCAGACCAUUUUGGAUGAGGAAAUUACUCCAACCAUGCAUAAACUGCAAGAGGAACGAUCAUCAUACCUGGAGUAUCAGAAGCUGAUGCGUGAGAUCCAGCACUUGUCACGGCUGUAUGUGGCCUGGCUGUUUGUGUGCGCAGAGGAGACAAAGCUGAAGUCGGCAGAGAACCUGAAGGUGAUGCAGGAUAACAUCGCCAAGAUGCAAGCCAGCAUGGCUGAGAAUGAGAGCAAAGUCCAGGAGCUGUCAGCCCAGAUUCACGAGCUGCAGAAGAAAAAGGACCAGGAGGUGAAUGGAGUCUUAAAAUCCCUGGAGGAAACUCUUGCAGACAUGCAGCGUGUGGACGCCAAAGCCCAAAGUGCACUUGACCUUAAAAAACAGAAUCUAAAAGAUGAAGUCAAGAAGAGGAAGGAGCUUGUAAAGAGUAUGGAGGAGGACAAGAAGAUGCUUACAGUAAAGGAAAAGGAGGUUUCUAAAUUGAUGGAGCAGCUUCAGACUCUACAGGACGACGGACAGAAGGACAGUACAGCUCUUGAGGCAGCUGAACAGCAUUUCAAAGCUGUGUCUGCAGGUCUCUCCACCAAUGAAGAUGGAGAGGAAGCCACACUGGCUGGGCAGAUGAUGACCUGCAAAAAUGACAUGAGCAAGGCAGAUACUGAGGCCAAGCAGGCCCAGAUGACACUGAAACAUGCCCAGACUGAGCUGAAGACCAAACAGGCAGAAGUGAAAAAGAUGGACGGAGGCUACAAGAAGGACCAGGACAGCCUACAGGCUGUGAGAAGAAAUAGGGAGAAGCUUGAGGCUGAGCUUUCUAAACUCAACUAUGAAGAUGGGAAGGAGGAAAGUCUGCUGGACAAAAGACGACAGCUGUCCAGAGAAGUCUCUAAACUUAAAGAGACCUAUGAACGUCUUGUGUCACGAUUCCCCAAUUUGCGCUUUGACUACAGGGACCCAGAGCGUGGCUGGGACCACAGCAAAGUAAAGGGGCUGCUAGCUAACUUGAUCACAGUCCGUGACGUCUCUUAUGCAACAGCACUGGAGGUGGUGGCAGGAGGACGUCUCUACAACAUCGUAGUAGACACAGAGGUGACUGGUAAAAAGCUGCUGGAGAAAGGAGAGCUGCAGCGGAGGUACACCAUCAUUCCCCUGAACAAGAUCUCAGCCAAGACACUCCACGACAGAGUGGUCAACAGCGCCAAGAGCCUGGUUGGAAAAGAUAAUGUCCACACUGCUCUGUCCCUGGUGGGCUAUGAGUCUGACCUGCGUAAGGCCAUGGAGUAUGUCUUUGGCUCCACACUGGUGUGCGACACCCUGGACAAUGCCAAGAAAGUGGCUUUUGACAGGCAGGUGAUGACUAAGACUGUCACUCUCGGAGGGGACAUCUUCGACCCACAGGGAACUCUGAGCGGAGGCGCUCGCUCCCAGUCAGCAUCAGUUCUGACCAGUCUGCAGGAGCUGAAGGAGGUUCAGGACAACUUGAAGGAGAAGGAGGCCCAGCUACAAGAUACUGAGCAACAACUGGCCAGCCUUAAGGGAACUGCUGAGAAGUAUCGUCAGCUGAAGCAGCAGCAUGAGCUGAAGGUGGAGGAGGAACAGAUUCUGCAGGCCAAGCUACAACAGAGCUCCUUCCACCAGCAGCAAGAGGAGCUGGAGAGGCUGCGCAAAGCCAUCGAGGAGAGUGAGGAGACUUUGCGAGUCACUAAGGAUGUGCAGAAGCGGGCGGAAGAAAAGUACAAGGUGUUGGAGAACAAGAUGAAAAAUGCUGAAGCAGAGAGGGAGAAGGAGCUGAAAGCUGCUCAGCAGAAGCUCAAUGCUGCCAAAGGCAAAGCUGAUGUCUUCAACAAGAAACUGAAGGAGAAGCAGCAGGAGUCUGAUGCUGUGGCCCUGGAGCUAGAGGAGCUGCGGAGGGAACAGGCUGGUUAUGAGCAGCAGAUUCAGGCUGUAGAUGAAGCCAUGAAGGCCAUCCAGGAGCAGAUAGACAGCAUGGCCUGCACUGUAUCCCAGAACAAGGAGGAUUUGCGUAAAGCUCAGGAGGAUCUAGCCAAGCAGAAGGAGGUGAUCAUGGCUCAGGACAAAGAGCUCAAGGGGAAAAGCACUGAGGCAAAUAAGAUGAGGGAGCAGAACAAUGAAUUCCAGCUGAAGAUAAAGGAGCUGGAGCACAACAUCAGCAAACACCGCAAAGACAGCCAUGACGCUGCUGACAAGGUGUCUCGGAUGCUGGAGGAACACGACUGGAUCCAAUCAGAGCGCCAUUUCUUCGGUCAACCAAACACCUCCUACGACUUUAAGACCAACAACCCACGCGAGGCAGGCCAGCGGCUGAAGAAACUGGAGGAGACGACCAGCAAGCUGGAGAGGAACAUCAACAAGAGGGCCAUGAACAUGCUUAACGAGGCGGAGGAGAGGUACAAUGACCUGAUGAAGAAGAAAAGGAUUGUGGAGAACGAUAAAGCAAAGAUCCUGCAGACCAUCGAAGAGCUGGACCAGAAGAAGAACGAGGCUCUCAACGUGGCAUGGCAGAAGGUAAACAAGGACUUUGGCUCCAUUUUCUCCACCCUGCUGCCGGGGGCCACUGCUAAGCUGGCUCCCCCUCAGGGCUGUGGUGUGUUGGAGGGUCUGGAGUUCAAGGUGGCCUUGGGCAACACCUGGAAGGAGAACCUCACUGAGCUCAGUGGAGGGCAAAGAUCACUGGUGGCCUUGUCUCUCAUUCUGGCCAUGCUGUUGUUCAAACCCGCCCCCAUCUACAUCUUAGACGAGGUGGAUGCUGCUCUGGAUCUUUCCCACACACAGAACAUUGGACAGAUGCUGCGCACACAUUUUAGACACUCACAGUUUGUGGUGGUGUCCCUGAAGGACGGCAUGUUCACCAACGCCAACGUCCUGUUUAAGACGAAGUUUGUCGAUGGCAUGUCCGCAGUGUCGCGGACUGCGCUCAGCCAGAGUGACGCCAACCUUCCCCAGAAGGGCCAAGACAAGGCUCGUCAGAAAGACAAGAGGACCAAACAGCUCAUCAGCUAAUUAUUAUAUAGGAGCAGUACAGCAGGACAUAUUCACUCUAUUAUGUCUUUAUCCUGAAGCGAAAUCACGUAACAUAAGAAAAUGUGGUAUUUGUUAAUAACUGAUGAGCUGUGCCUACUCCUGUUUGCUCUGUGGAUAGUAAUUACUCAUAAUGCUUUUAAGAGUUCAGUCAUUUAUAGUUGGUCUUGUGAAGACCCUCAGGCUGUAUUUCUGUUUCAUGCCAUGUUCUCUCUGUUCAGCUGUUCUCAUGUUUGUCUAUUUCAAACCUAAAGUAAAGUUGUUUUUGUCUGUCCUCUCUUGUGCAACUUGUGUUCACACUCUUCCUAUUGAUCAUUUAUAUGCAUCUGAUGUGACCAUAUAUUUUAGUAAAUAAAGUCAAUCUCAAAUGUCGA